AUGGCAGGGCAUGGAUCCCCAAAAUUUAACGAACCAUGGAUGGAUGAGCUCGAUGGAGAAAACUGUAUACAGAGAACUGUAAGUUUUGCCGUGCAAGGGGCGCUAGUAGGUAGGUAACUUUAAUUUAUGAAAGAUGCAAUUNGUGUGUGGGUGGAUUUCAGGCAAGGAGUAGUUAUUUACCUCUGGCAAUUCCAAAUCCUGCGAGGUAGAGGAUUUUUUUUCGUCGUUAUUCGACAUAGUAGCACAAUAUCAUAACAGCACAAUAUUCUCGUCAAUAUAUAUUAAAAUUUUUACAAUUUUUUUGUAAUAGUUUUGAAUUGUUUUGAUAUUGGACCAGGUACCGGUGUGUGCUUAGUAACCAGGCUACCAAGCUUAGCGCCCAAGCUUUUGCCUGGCUACCAAGUUAUAAGCAAAUCGAGUUUUACAGAAUUUCGAGCAGUGCUUUGGAGGGCAAAAAGUCAUUUUGUUACCAAAAUGGCAGGGCAUGGAUCCCCAAAAUUUAACGAACCAUGGAUGGAUGAGCUCGAUGGAGAAAACUGUAUACAGAGAACUGUAAGUUUUGCCGUGCAAGGGGCGCUAGUAGGUAGGUAACUUUAAUUUAUGAAAGAUGCAAUUAGUACUGCAAAGGUCAAUAUAAUUAAACUUACUAUAUAUUGAUAACGCUUAUUACAGCUCCAAAAUAAUAAUUAAAUCUCAAACUUAUAUAUGUACAGCUUGCUUAGCGUAACAUGUGGAAAUUAAAAGGAUUUGAAUUAUUUGAUGUUUUUGUUUAUAUCACAAAUGUAACUUCUUAAACAUGUGCAUGCAUGUAUGCAUGUAGUAAAAACCCUAGAAUGCAGAGGUCCACCCAACGCUUAACUGUAACUGACUGGCUUUUUCUUGCCGAAUCUCCAAUGUAGAGAUGCUAGGUCACGGAGCCAGGCAUCACUUGAUGUGGGAAUUAUAACAAAACUGAAUGCAAGGCUGGCAUUAUGGCAAAAGGCUGCUUUAUUUGAGGCCAAUAUUUCGGCUAACAAAAUUAGCCUUCCUCAGGACCAGAGCUACAUGUAUGCAGUCAUUCACUUUAUGGGAUGUUCUUUGCUUACGCACCCGAAUGGGCCGAAAAUUGGAAAACAAAAAUUUGCCAGAAAGGCAAGAUGUUGGUUCAGCUUGCUAGACUAAAAGAAGAAGAGAGAGAAAGAGAAGCUAUUCUAGUCCAAAAUCUACUUGUUACUUGUACAUCAUUUCUUGUCAACAUUGUUCAUGAACGUUACCUGCGUUUUGAGCAGUUGGGAUAAAUACACAUGUAUCAGCCGAUAGGUUGUUUUACUAGCCCUUAGCUAUUUAACAGGACUAUGGCCAUACCCUGACUCUUGCACAGACUAAAAUCCUCUACAACCUGUUUUUAUUUGGUGUGUAAGUGAAUAGUAAUCAGAUCUUCAUUGAGAAAACCUUCAUUUAGGCCAUGUUCACGAGGCAUGGGGCAAUAUUUUGGACCAGCUGAAAUAUUUUCAAUAUCUUUGCUCUGUUUACUCAGAAAAUUUUUGAACCACCAGACGUCUAAAUCUUCCAUGUGAACAGAAUACCUAGUAAACGCGUGAAUUUUAAGCCAGUUCAAAAUUUGUCCAGUUUCGUGUAAACAUAGCCUAAGAGUGUUUUAUGAUUUUUAUGUGAUGUGUCUUCUCAAGGGAUUAACAUUUUCCCUUGAUCUUGAAUGGCAGGUGGUUUCUCUGGUGCGGCAGUAUCAGCUUUGAAGAUUCCAGAUCCUAAACCAACACCUCUUAUUCUUCAGUCGCUGAUUAUGAUGAAGAACCAUUCACUUCUUCUAGGUUUGUAGAAACAGUAUUAUAAUUAUUGACAGUUAAUUAGCAUUUGCAGAUAGAGUUUUUACCAAAUGACUUAAUACAAAUGACUGAAAAGACACUGCACAAUAUGUCACUGCGCUUCAAAAUGGUUAAAAUGUUCAAAACUUUGCAGUGAAACCACUCGUCCAUGGCUCGUGGUUCCACUUGAGUUUUGAACUUUUGAGAUUAUUUACAGACCAUGGAAAAUUGUUAUCGAUUUGUUAAAAGAACAAUCUUAGCCCCAAAACAAAAACAUUUUUUGUAAGGGUCCAAUUCUAACGAGAUGUAAAGCUACUUGAACUUUUCUGUCUUUUUCAAGGUGGAGCUGCUGGCCUGUUUGCACUCACAACUUGCACUUCUGCUGCUUUGAGAGAGAAAGAUGACCCCGGUAACUGGGCCUUGGGUGGCUUAGCAAGUGGAGCCCUGUUUGGCUUGAGAAGUGAGUACAUGCAACAUGUGAAUAAUCUCUUACAGCUACAGUAUUACCUUUAGAAAUACCAAAUCCUUAAUUCCUUAUUCACAAUCUGGUUCUUUGUUGUUAUGGAAAGUAUUUGUUUGUUUAAACUCCCCCUAAUUUGUGUGUAGUGCCCCUGCUGUUAUGAACAAAAUUGUUCAGCCUUAACUGAUAACACUUUCUGAGACCUUGAUUAUUCUGGAUAUAAUACAAACCAAAUCUAUCAUAUUGUCUUAUUAUGCAUUGCUCUGAAGAAAACAAUGACAAACAGACCAUCACGCGAUACUAAGUUUCUAUUUCUAAGCUUAUAACUAGGGUGACAAAUUAUUUUGACACAACAUCGUCCAGGCAUCUAAGGUUUAAAGACUUUUUUCAUAAAGUUUUGAUUUUUGAUCACCUGUACCUGCGUUGGUAGAGUGUUUAGUUCAAACCUCAGUCUUCACUGACUUCAAAAGUGUUUAUUGUUUCCUUUUACUUUUAGGGAGCAGUUGGCAGGUUGGAUGUGCGAUGGCAAGUGCACUCGCUGUGGGUGGAGCAAUAGCUAAAUACACUGGUGCCUAUAAACAUCCAUUCCGCACUGACAGAGUCUUUCUUUGA